AGAGUUUGAAAAAUAAAUUGUCCUUAGUUUUCCCAUAUUACCUCUCCUAAACCAUUUCCCAUAUAUUCCACCCAUUCUCCUCUCAAAACUAAAUUACUCCUCCAACAUAUAUCUUAUAUAUUCCAACAUAUUCAGCAUCAGAAACUUGAAAAAUUAGAAUUAUUCUUUAGUAUUCAUAAAAUUGGAAAAAUAACAUAAUUAAUAUCUGAAUCUACGCAAUUUUAGUGAUUAUUUUCCCCAUAGGGCUAGACGGAUAGGUUUUUUAAAUUUUAAUCUUUCUUUUAUUUUAAUUUCCUUACAUUCUAUUAUCUUUAUUUCCUUUUAUUUAUUUUCUUUAUAUUUAAUUUCCUUCCCUAAAUUAUUAGUUUCCAUAUAUUUUGUCUAAUUCCCUAAAUUAUGGUUGUGGCAUGGUAUACGUGUAAUCUACUUCCCGGCUGUGGCAUGGUAUCGUGUGGUUGAUUAGGUCAUAUGUCAUGAAUACAUCUAAUUCACAGUCUUCUAAAUAUUUUUUUAAAUUAACGUGUUUUUUAUUUUAAACUACUGUUAACUCUAUAUAUACAUACAUACAUACAAUCCAUUCCAUUCGAAGAUUCACACUACCAAAUACAUUACAUUAACAUAUUAACUUACAUUAGCAUGAAUACGAGUGAUUUGUCAAGGUGGACGUGGGAAGAGGACAAGCUAUUCGAGGAUUGCCUGGUGGAUUUUGUCGGUCAAUCGGAGGAAAUCGCCGCGCUUCUGGGGACGAAAUAUGUGGUUGAGGUCGAGCGCCACUACGCCCUACUGUUGGAGAACUUGGCAGCGAUGGAAGCCUGGGAGAUCGAGCCUCGGGCAUACCCGGUCUGCUCCAAAUCUGUCAAAAGGAAAAUGAGGAAAGCUAAACCUUGGGCUGAAGACGGGCAUAGGCUAUUUCUGGAAGGAUUGAAGAAAUAUGGAAAAGAGGAUUGGAAGAGCAUAUCGAGAUUUGAGGUUCGUACAAGAAAUCCAACGCAAGUCGCAAGUCAGGCCCAAAAGCACUUCAAACGCCAAGAUUAGAAUGAAAAGGAAGAAGAGACGCAACAUUUUCGACUCCUUCAAUUAAUUCUCAGAGCAAGACCAUGUUGAGUUUUAGAACAACAUUAUUAGUAGAUACUACUAUAUAGUAUCAUCUCUUCAUUUCGUUCAUAGAUUAGCCUCAUGACAGCCUCAUGACAGCCUCUAUAUAUAUAUAUUCUAAGACUUAUAGGACAAAAAUGAUUAAAUGUUUAAGGGUUAUAUAGGCACAAUAAAUAUAAUAUUUUAUAUUCAAA